UGGAUAUUGAAUUGUCAUGUUUGACUGUUGGGUUCCAGGGAGUCUCCACGACUGUACGCCAAACGCUUACUAGUGCUGUCGUGUAUGAAUCGUGUAUUUGAACACGGUGGCCACACGGCAGCGCAACGUUUGUUCUCCCGGUAUUUCUCCGAUCCCGCUUUGGCUAUUUAGGGGCCCAUAAACAACUGCGAUUUCACAAUAACUUCGACAUGUCCUCUUUGUCCGUCACUGCCCUUCCUGAGACCGACGCCUGGCGUAAACCCCCAUCUACUAACCUAUUCAACGCCCCAACACAUCCCUUAACUUCUCCAGUACCUCUCAAGUCUUUCCAACGCGCUCGGUUGACUGUGAGCGCCGCAUGGACCACUCGUUACGACCAAGGGGGUCUCCUACUGCACGUCACCAACCCUUCCAAGCCAAACGAUUACUGGCUCAAGACAGGUAUCGAGUUCUACAUGGAUCGUCCAAACGUCAGUACGGUAGGAACGCAAACAUGGUCAGAUUGGAGCAUCUUUCCAACCGAUUCGGGAAAAGCGACUGUCGAAGUUCGGAGAGAGGGGGAUGGGUUGUGGGUAUAUCAGAUUGUCAAAGGCGAAGGGGUCGAUGAAGAACGUAAGCCGUUAAGGGAGAUUGCUUGGUUUUUUGCAGAGGAGGAUGGAUGGAGCGUUGAUAUUAAGGCAAUGGCAGCGAGACCAGCAAAGGCGGACGAGGUAAUCGGCAGCAAAGAGUUGGUUGUUGAAUUUGACGGCGUCGAAAUCGAUGUUCAAGCAGACCUUGGACAAGAGGAUUAGACAAAAACAAAGAUAUGCGUACGUAUGAGAGUAGAGUAAUAGAGCGUGCCUGCAUGCAGCAGAAUCCAAUUUUACAGCGACAUCCAAAAUUGUAGCGCAAUUAUGAUUUUGUGUAGCUCCCCGCCUUUGUUUGUUGUAAAUAAAGCAAGUAAUCCAAAUUUGG